UCACCAUGGCACAUAGGCACCUGGUACAAACGUGCCCCACUUCCAUGAAGCCCAAAAGUAAGGUCAGUUCUGCCAAGGAAGUGGUGAAGGAGGAGCCUAAGGGGAGGUCAGCAAGGUUGUUAGUUAAAUCUGCUCCUGCAAAAGUGGAAAUGAAGCCAAAAAAGGUAACAGGAAAAGAUAACUCCUCAAACAAAGUGCAAACAAAAGGGAAAAGGGGAGCAAAUGCUGGAGGAAAAUAGGCUGGAGUGGCUAACCAGGAAACAAAAGAAGACUUACCUGCAGAAAAUGGAGAAACUAAAAAUGAGGAGAGUCCAGCCUCUGGUGAAGCAGGAAAGAAAGAAGCCACGUCUGAUUAAUAUCAAAUAACAUGUCUUAUCAGUGGUCACUGUCUUCCUUCUUGUACAAUCCACAGGAAUAUUUUUAUCAACUAUUUUGUAAAUGCAAGUUUUUUAGUAGCUCUAGAAACAUUUUUAAGACGGAGAGAAUCCCACCUCAUCCCAUUUUUUAAGUGUAAAAGCUUUUAUUAAGAGGUGAAAUCAUUUGCUUGUUGUUUAUUUUUAGGUACAACCAGAAAAUAGUGGGGUAUUGAA